CCGUUUUUGCAAAAUCCUUCUGACGGACAAUUCUGCACGUAUUCCACGAGGUCCUGUGCUUCAAGAAUUUUAGUUAUGUCCCACCUAAAUAUCCAGUGUCAUCGGGAUCAUGAGGUCAUCGUGGGCGUGAGGAGGCAGUUCAGAGAGGCGUGACUUGGUCCGGGACUCCGCUGAAAUUACGGAAGAUAGAGUGAAAGUUGGGGAGAAUAACAGACGAGAGGAGAUCAUUGCGUUGGGAUGUGAAAGGAGUUCUAAAAGGAAGUCCAAAUUCGUUCUUUUUUCAUCAAAACCACCUUAAAGCUCCCGGAGCGAUGUCAGCCCUCUGGUCCAUCCUGUGCCACCUGGCGACGCUGUCCUGUAUCUGGGGCGCGUGCCGCGCGCAGUACGAGUACCUGGGUUACCCGGCGCCUGCCGAGGAGCACUACACGCCACCGCAGAUUCCCGCCGACGUGCCCAAGAUCCUGCUGCGGCUGGCCGGAGAGAAGCGCAAGCACAACGAGGGCCGUGUGGAGGUCUUCUAUGACGGCCAGUGGGGCACCGUGUGCGACGACGACUUCAACAUCCACGCUGCCCAGGUGGUAUGCAGGGAGCUGGGCUACGUCGAGGCCGUCUCCUGGGCUCCCGCCUCCAAAUACGGGAAAGGGGAGGGCCGCAUCUGGUUCGAUAACGUCCACUGCAGGGGGAAGGAGAAGACCCUGGCGCAGUGCGAGUCCAACGGCAUCGGCGUGUCCGACUGCAAGCACUCCGAAGACGUGGGCGUGGUCUGCAGUGACAAGAGGAUCCCAGGAUUUCGGUUCCUCAACCCGCUCGCCAACAACAUCGACCACAUGACUAUCCAGGUGGAGGACGUACGCAUCCGCCCCGUGCUGUCCUCCUCCCGGAAGCGCAUCCCUGUGACGGAGGGCUACAUGGAGGUGAAGGACGGUGGGAAGUGGAAGCAGGUGUGCGAUGUGGAGUGGAGCUCCAUGAACAGCCGGGUGAUCUGUGGAAUGUUUGGCUUCCCUGGAGAGAGGAGAUACAACACACGCAUCUACAGAAUGUUCGCCAGCAGAAGGACGCACACAUACUGGGAUUACUCGGUGAACUGUACAGGCACCGAGGCCCACCUUUCCAGCUGCAAGCUGGGCCACUUGCUGUCGCCCUCUGCCAACAGCUCAUGCAGCCAGGGCAUCCCAGUAGUGGUCAGCUGCAUCCCCGGCCGAGCCUUUGCUCCCACGCACAUGGCCAACUACAGGAAAGCCUUCAGACAGGAGCAGCCCCUGGUGCGUCUGAGGGGUGGUGGUGUGGUGGGUGAAGGUCGGGUGGAGGUGCUGAAGAAUGGGGAGUGGGGCACCAUCUGUGACGACCACUGGAGCCUGGUGGCGGCUACUGUGGUGUGUCGUGAGCUGGGCUUUGGCACCGCCAAGGAGGCUCUGUCUGGCGGCCGUCUCGGCCAGGGCAUGGGCCCAGUCCACAUGAAUGAGGUGCAGUGCUCUGGCUUCGAGAAGUCUGUGACCGAAUGCCAGUUUAACAUGGAUAAGGACUCGGAGGGGUGCAGUCACGAGGAGGAUGCGGGUGUCCGGUGCAACGUUCCUGCCAUGGGCUUCCAGCAGCAGCUGCGGCUGAGUGGUGGCCGGAACCCAUUUGAGGGCCGUGUGGAGGUGCUGAUGGAGAGGAACGGCUCGCUCGUGUGGGGCACGGUGUGUGGUGACAGCUGGGGCACUAUGGAGGCCAUGGUGGUGUGUCGCCAGCUCGGGCUGGGCUUUGCCAGCAGCGCAUUCCAGGAGACGUGGUACUGGCCAGGCACAGUCACCGCCGACAACGUGGUGAUGAGCGGGGUCCACUGUGCAGGCACUGAGAUGUCCCUGUCCCACUGCCUCCACCACGGCGAGCACCUGCGCUGCCCCAGGGGAGGAGCGCGCUACGCAGCGGGAGUCUCCUGCUCUGAGACUGCCCCGGACCUGGUGCUGAACCCGCAGGUGGUGGAACAGACCACGUACCUGGAGGACCGGCAAAUGUUCAUGCUGCAGUGCGCCUACGAGGAGAACUGCCUGGCCUCCACCUCCGGCUCCACACCGGCCAACUCCUACCGACGUCUGUUGCGCUUCUCCUCCCAGAUCCACAACAAUGGCCAGGCCGACUUCAGGCCGAAGGCCUCGCGAGAGUCCUGGGUCUGGCACGAUUGCCACAGACACUACCACAGCAUGGAGGUGUUCACUUAUUACGACCUGCUCAGCCUGAAUGGUUCCAAAGUGGCUGAAGGACACAAGGCCAGCUUCUGUCUUGAGGACUCGGAGUGCGAUGAAGGGAUCGAGAAGAGAUACGAGUGUGCUAACUUCGGCGAACAGGGCAUCACAGUUAGCUGCUGGGACACAUACAGACAUGACAUCGACUGCCAGUGGGUGGACAUCACCGAUGUCAAGCCCGGAGACUACCUGUUCCAGAUUGUCAUCAACCCUAACUAUGAGGUUGCUGAGUCAGAUUAUACCAACAAUGUUGUGAAAUGCAGGACUCGAUAUGAUGGCCAUCGCAUAUGGAUGUAUAACUGCCAUAUAGGAGGCUCAGUAAGUGGUGAGACGGAGGAGUUGUUCCCAGGCCUGCUGAGUAACCAGGUGACCCACAGGUAAGAGGUGGGGUUUAAACAGGACAGCUGAGACCUCGCCACCACACCACUGGCGAUCCUGACAAGAGGCCCCUCCCUCCACCCACUAUGAUUCCACUGAAUGCUCAGCGCCAACAUACUGGCAUUAAGCCUUUCACUGCCAUGUUGGCCCAAGAUGUCCCACACCCCUGCCCACAUAAAUGGAUGAAGCCACAGGAACUGCCCCAGGACAAUGAACUAAGGAUGGCCAAAGACCCAAACCCAACAGCAUGCACUAUAAUUUGAAUAGGGAUCCCAGCACAGGACUUUUAGGACUUCUGUCAUACUGCAACUGUCAUUUCAAGACACAUCAAGGCUUACCUCCAUAAAAUACCACAGUCCUUGAUGCAGCCCUGUACCUCCAGUAAAGAUAACUGACAAUCUCUUUCCACCAAAGCCAAACCCCUACAAGCCACUUAAACAGUGGGCUCAACUCCAUCUGCUGCUGGUGCUAGUGAUUUUCAAUAGAACACUAACACACCUUUUCAUCCAAUGGGACUCACUGGUAGUUCUGCAAGUGCAGAAAUAAUUGGUAAAUAUUUAUUUGGGAAUGAGCAGGAUUUGGAAUUUGUAUUUGAGAAGAAUUGGACAGAAUGCGGCAGCCUUAGCUUAUUACAUGAAUACCUAAGUACUAUGACCUGCACUUUGCCAGUACAUAUAUUUUCAGUAUACAGCACACAACACAUAUGCCUAGCAGUAGAUAAAUAACUUAUUACUGAAGCACUUGAUAGACAUGUUUGAAUCAGCUGCUCUGGAGCCAGAAAAAUUUCGCUCCGCGACCACCAUGAGACAAACAUUUCACCCUGAGACAGACCGCCCAGAGAAAAACAUUUCACUUUGAGACAGACCACCCUGAGACAGACGUUUCACCCUGCGACAGACCAGCCUGAGGCAGACCACCUUGCUUGCCUGUGCAGGAAGGCCCGACCCUGACAUGCUAAUUUGCUGGAGAAAAAUAAACUCAGACUCUUUUCUGAAAACCAGGCCCUCUUCCCCCUUUGUAGAUGGGUUCAUUCUGUUCGCUAGUGCAGCAUGUCCAGAUUACACUGUCACCUGGAAGGCUGGGGAUGCAUCGGGACCUGAUGAUAAUUGCACAUUUGCAUAGAAUUCCUGCAUGUGAUUGCACAGGAAUCGUCAUUCAGGACUGGACCCUUACUGAGUGCAAUCAUUAUAGAGCCGUGAAAGAGACACAUGCACUUAAAUAAGACGCUUCCCCCCAUACAAUUAUAUCAGAACCCAUGCUGAAACCUACAUUCUUAUAAUAUAACAGUUUUAUGUUCAUUUAUUUUCUUUUACUGCUAACCAGUCUAACCCUAUUUACCUAAACCCUUCAGUAUUGUUAAGCUGUCAUUUUAUAAAAUGCAAAUAAUUAACUAGACUUGAUAAAACAUAUACACCUUCUAUCCACUACAUUUAAGGUUAUAUCAUGAAUUUGAGUUUCUCAGCUACCAUUAGUAACUUAUUCUAAGUCAGGGAUUUAAAUAACAACUGUCUACAUUUUUGUUGUUGUUGUUGUUUGUUUGUUUUUUGUUUUUUGUUUUGUUUAGUUUAGGUUUUUUUGGGGGGGUGGUACAGAAUGUAUUAUGAUGCCUCUGCUAAAAUGGUGCUACCAAAGAAGAAUCCUCUGUUUUUAGAGGGCACAUGUGAUGUGACUGAUUUGCAUUAUGCUUACUUGAAUGGAACGCAAAAAAAUCCAUACUGUGCAUUUUUAUGCUGUUUAGCCGUAAAUAAAUGCAAGCAUACAUCGAAAGAAAAGAACGUGUUUGGCACCUUUUUUGAUGGAAGGGUUCCUGGAAAUCAUCUCCAAGAUCAAUGUUUAGCUUUUGCAGGAUUUAGGAAAAUAAAUGUUUAAAUAUUAGUCCAAGU